AUGAAGCUCCUAAAGGGAGAUGCCUUUGUUUUCCUUAACGUACACUUCUAUCUUUUUGGAUAUUUCAACGUAUUUACUUAUUUCCUACAUUCAUCUGCACUAAGAAGUGAUAAUAAUAAAGUUUAUUACGAGAGACACUAUUACAAUAUUUCUGACUCAUCUAUAUCAGCUUCAGACCGUUCAGAACACUUAAGAGAAGCUAUUUAUGAACCAUCAAAUGUUGGAUUACUUAUUAAUGAUAAAUUAAAAUUAAUAGAUAUGAGGAAGUUUGAUAACAUCUCAAUCAUUGGUACUCAACACUUAAAAGUUGAUAACUCUAUAGAUUAUAAACAAAGUAUAUUAUUUUAUGAGGAAGAUUUUCCAAUAUACCUACCCUAUGAGGGUAUGUACAUAAGCUAUAACCUGAGUGAUUUUUCUAAGUUUAUAAAGAGGAUUGUUGUAAUGAACUUGGAGAUGCAUUUUUUACUAGACAAUGGAAAUAUGACCAAAGUUAAUAUGAGGAAAAAGGGAAAUAUACAACUACAGAAACUAAGGAAAAUAAAUCCAAACGUAAAUAUUUUGCUUAUUGCAGGAUAUUUUGUAAAUGUUAAUAAAUUGGAAAAUUUUGUUCCUAUAUUUAAAGAUAAUAUGAUUUUUUCAUAUGGAAAUGCACAUAACUAUUAUGCAAAGUAUGGAAUAACAGCACUUAGACAUUACCUCACAAAUUCAUUUAAUGACUGGAACUCAACUCUGGAAGUGAUAAAUGUGGAUAAACAAUUAUUAACUCUUUUACUUCUACCUUCUAAUGAAACUAAAGUAUUAUUCGGCAACAAUGGUACAAAUUUAAUUUUACCAAAGUUACUAUUGGAAGCUAUUCAAACACAUGAGGAAGCUAAGGAGAUUGGAGGAGAUACAAAAAGUAAAAAAUCAGAAUCGGAUUCUCUAAAAAAAGCUACUCUUAUAAAUUUAAUAUUUCUAAUAGUAAUAACAUGCCCAAUAAUUAUAUAUAUUGCAGGAGGAUAUUGUGAAAUCGGAAAUAAGACUUCAUAA